AUGCCAGACCCCAACCUCACAGUCUCGCUUCUCAAGCCCGAAGAAGCAGAGCAAUACAUGCGCAUACGCCACGAGGUCUUCCGACCCACCGUCAACAAGAUCCUCUACGCUCGCCGCGAGCCAUCUCAGGUAACCCUCGACAAAGUGACAGAAGACAUCCGCGAUGGCAUAACCAACAAGGGCAUACUCUACGUCAAGUGCGUCGACACCUCGACCGGCGAGAUGAUCGCGGGCGCACGUUGGCGCUACGUCAAGCCCAAAGAGGAGGGCGCGAAAGAACGUACCUGGGAAGAAGUCGAUGCCGGUCUCACCGUCCCACCACCAUACGAAGAAAGUGACCCGGAUAUGUUCGCGGAACUCUUCAAACUGUUCAACUCGAACAAGCGGGAGAUUCUGGGGAGGAGACCUUACUAUGUCUUAGACACACUGGUUACAUUGCCGCAACAUGGAAGGAGGGGAGCGGGAAGUAUGCUGGUGCGAUGGGGGUGUGAGAAGGCAGACGAGGUUGGUGUUGAGGCUUUCCUUGAAGCGAGUCCCAUGGGUGCGCCAAUGUAUGCGAGACAUGGGUUUCAGGCUGUGAAGACUGUGGAAUUGGAUUUGAGGAGGUGGAGAGGAGGGGACAAGAUGGAUUUCAUUCUCAUGCUGCGUCCUGCAAAGCAGCAAACAUGA